AUGGUGCCGCAAGGCACCCCCGCUUCCCAAGCCUAUGAUGCUGCCGAGCCGGCCGGAGAAAGUCCACGCAUAGUGGACAUCUCGGGCCGGAUCGGCACUCCGCCGCCUUGUGGGCAGGGGAGCCGCAGCGGUAGCAGCGGCUACCCCUGUCCACCCGCGAGGUGCAUCGGCGCCAAGCAUGCCCCGGGAAUAGGCACCGAUAACACCUCGCGGCCCCCAUGGCUGUUUCAAUAUUUAUCUUAUUGUAACCUCUUACCACCUGGAGUUACUCAAAUAUUCAUAGAAAUUUAUGAUGAGUGUUCCUUCAUGAUGGAUGAAUUGAUUGCAUGGGGUCACAUAGAAAUUCCGCCGCAAGUUUUUCAAAAGGGAGAUACACACGAAGAUUGGUAUAUGCUUAGUGGAAAACAGGGAGAAAAUCAGGAAGGCAUGAUCAAUUUAGUUUUUAGUUACAUGAUACAUCACCCAUACAUGAGUUUCUCGAUAAUGAUGGUUCCUUCUGCAACGCCGAUGUUCGGCGUGCCGUAUGCCCCGCUAAAUGUUUAUAUACCACCUCCAGCUGUUGCUACACCAACAGUUGCACCAAGUUCUUUGCCAAAUGCUGAGAUCGAAUUGAAGCAGAUUGCAGAAAUGUUUCCAAACAUUGACAAAGAAGUUAUCAAAUCGGUAUAUGAUGCUAAUCAUGAUAAAAAAGAUGUUACAAUUAAUUCGUUACUUCAAAUGUGUGAAUAA